AGCACCACUCCCUCGUCCGGAUCCCGUGCUGUAGCGGCGGAGCAUGGAGAGCGCAUACAUCCGCUGCUGCCCUUCACUUCAGAGGUUUAGCUCCCGGAGAUGCUCCAAAGGACAACACGGGGCCGGGGAAUUCUGGAGGCCUUGGAUCCCUACCCAAAGAGAUGCAGAGAGACAGCUGAGAAGAAAUCAAAGUGUGCUGUAUAGUCCAUAUGGGAUGACAGAAGCUUCAGGAAAACUUACCCAAUAUACACAUCCAGUUAGACUAUUUUGGCCCAAGUCAAGGUGCUAUGAUUACUUAUAUCGAGAAGCUGAAGCACUUCUGAAAAACUUCCCAGUUCAAGCCACAAUUUCCUUUUAUGAAGACUCAGAUAGUGAAGAUGACAAUGCUGAACUGGAGCAAGAUUUGGGAAUAGAAUCUGAUUGCUAACUAUAUGGA